AUGGGCUCCUCCAAACGUGGUCCCUUUAGUGGGCGUCAAAAAGUACAAAUUUCUCCUAAUUUUGAACAACAUUUUGAUCGGUAUUUUGUAAUUAAACGUGUAUCUGACAAAAACGAAUCUUUUGACACAGUGUCUCCUUUCCUAGUGCAGAAAUCUAUCUCCGCAACAGUUGGGGAAGUUGCAUCUAUUAAAAAAAUGAAAUCUGGUGACUUGCUUAUAGAGGUCAGUACUCGAAAGCAAGCCCAGAAUAUUCAAAAAGUGAAAGCUCUCGCCACGAUCCCUGUUACUAUCAGCCCUCACACAUCGUUAAACACAUCUCAAGGUGUAAUUACUUGCGGAGAAAUAUUUAACCUACCUUUAGAUUAUAUUCAAGAAGAGUUAAAACCACAAGGUGUUAUAAAAGUUCGCCGCAUUACCAUCCGGCGAGAAGGACAAAUACUUGAAACUAAGCAUCACAUCCUCACUUUUAAGUCUCCAAAACUGCCAGAUUUCAUAUAUGCAGCUAAUUGCCGCGGAACUGUUACUUGCGCCCGUUGCUCUGAAAAAGGGCAUGAAAGCCAACAAUGUUCUGCACCAGAGAAGUGCGUAAACUGCAAAAGUGAGCAUACUUCUUUCUCUCGGUUAUGUCCAAGCUGGAAACUUGAAAAACAGAUCACCACUACAAAAAUUAAAGAGGAAAUUUCUUACCCCGAAGGAAGAAAGAAAGUACUUGCACAGACACCGUUACCUGGUGUAAGCUAUGCAUCCGUGGUCCAGAAAAGCUUCUGUGAAAACUGCAGUUGUGGAAACUGCACUAGGAAGACUAUACAAUUAAAAUCUCAAAAAUCGUCGGAUUCAGACACAGAAGAAUCCAUAAACAAUAUUUCUGACUCUGGAAAGCCAGAAAAAAAGCAAAGAAAAUCGAAAUCUGACAAAUCCCUAAAAUUAAAACUUGCAAAGCGAGGACUGUCAAAGUCAGACCUAUCUUCGAAACUGAAGAAAAAUGUUUCUAAAAACUCUGUAGCUUUGGGACUUGCUAGUCAAGGGAUAGCUCAUAGAGAUUUAACAUCAAUUUUUGGAGGCAUGCAAAACAGUCCUGAUCUCAAACUCCAUCCUUCUGAGGAUGAGGAUGAAUUUGGGAUGAAUUGCGAUAUUUCAGCAACACAAACCACUGCCAAUAUUUCCCCUUCUGCAACUAGAAUUUCUUAA